AUGCAACAGCGGCUCUCCGCUCACGGAGGAGGACCAGGCAGAAAUCUGCUGCUCGCCGCAUGAGGAGAUCGAAAUGAUGCUGCCUUUAAAAAGGGAUUAAAAUCCUGAGCGCAUCAACCGGCCGCCGGGGGAUAAGAAAGCUUUGCCAGUGGGGGCGAGGGAAGACAUGCCGUCGCAGAGCAUCCGUCGCGACGCCUGAGCGAGCCACCAUGAUGAAGACGGAACCCACCCCCAAGAGCGCCGGCUCCACGCUCAGGAGCCCAUCCCCGCACAGGAGCGCAUAUGAGGCGGGGAUGCAGGCCCUCAAACCCGUCGCCGACAACGCAGUCAAUGGCGACGUGCAGGACGGCCCUCGGGGUCGUCGGUACGGCUCCAACGUUCACCGCAUUAAGAACAUGUUCCAGCAGCUGCAGACCACCACAGCCGACACAGAGACCGAGGAGGGUGCCAAGGGAGGGGACAAAGCUGUGCGCCUCUCCCUCCCCAGGGCCGGUAGCCUGAACGAGAACGUGGACCAUAGUGCGCUGCUCAAGCUCGGCUCUACAGUAUCUGAACGCGUCAGCAAGUUUGACACCAAGCCCGAGAAUGGCCACCAGCGAGCUUCGUCGCCCAGCUACUCCAAGCUGCAAGAGACGCGCCGCAUUUUCGAGCAGCAGCAGCAGCAGCAGCAGCAGCAGCUGCAGCAAGAGUAGCAAGAGAAGCUGGCCACCACCAGGGUUCUGCUCAAAGCAGACAAGACCCCGGGCCUACAGGAGGGUAGGCUAGACAUGAUGGCCCGCUUCAACGGCAGCACAGAGUCCCUGGACAGCCUGGAUGCUAGCGAGGCCGUGUCCCCCACCGUCAGCCAGCUCAGUGCUGUCUUUGAACGGGCAGCCGAGCUUCGGAAUAACCUCAACCGGCUCUCAUCUACGCCGCCGCUCCCCUCCAGAGGGGUCAGCACCAAGGUGGGCGUGUUGAACUCCAAAAUAAUCACCAAAAGGGCAAGCGCCUUGGCGUCCAGCAAUCAGGGGGAUGACUUUGCCGGUCAGCAGGACCAAGAGGGGCCUGCGAGGAGCCUCCGCAGGGGGGCCGGUCCGACCGAGACCAUAAACGGGGGUCAAAAGCCAGAGGCGGAGCAACACAGAGCGAAGACCGUGUCCGAUGCUGGCGUGGAGGCCAAGGCCGAACAUCUUGAGGAGUCCAGCAUGGUGGCGCACUUCGAGAACGGAGAUGCCAUUUCUAUGGGGCUGAAGGCGGCGGGUGAGGACGGCCGGACGCUGAGAGACGGCGGAGAUAGCCAGGAGGAGGACGAUGACGAUGACCGCUACGAGGCCGAGUCCAGUUGUGUCGAGAUUGCUGGGCUCCCCAUAGAGGAGGAACCGCCCCCGUCAAGGAAAAUCCGCUUCAGUGCCGAGCCCAUCAAGGUGUUCGCCACCUACCCCAACGAGGACUACGACAGGCGCAACGAAGACGUGGACCCGAUGGCGGCAUCCGCCGAGUAUGAGCUGGAGAAGAGGGUGGAGCGGCUGGAUCUGUUCCCCGUGGAGCUGGAGAAAGACGAGGACGGCCUGGGCAUCAGCAUCAUCGGGAUGGGCGCUGGGGCCGACAUGGGCCUGGAAAAGCUUGGCAUCUUCGUCAAAACCGUUACCGAGGGGGGAGCGGCGCAUCGCGACGGCAGGAUCCAGGUCAACGAUCUGAUCGUGGAGGUGGACGGGACGAGUUUGGUGGGGGUCACCCAGAAUUUUGCCGCCUCUGUCCUAAGGAACACGUCAGGAACUGUCAAGUUCUUCAUCGGGCGUGAGAAGCCAGGUGAGCAGAGCGAGGUGGCGCAGCUCAUCCAGCAGACGCUGGAGCAGGAACGCUGGCAACGCGAGAUGCUGGAACAGCGCUACAACCAGUACAUGGAAGAGCAUGAGGGAGGCGAAUACGGCACAGAUGAAGAGGAGGACGAGGACGAAGACGUCAGUCCGCAGUACACGGGCGCCAUUGAAGUGUUUGACUUGGCGGAGAACGAGGACCUGUCGCCGCUGGAGACGGACCCCGAAAAACUGGCCCAUAAGUACAAAGAGCUCCAAAUUAAGCAUGCCGUGACUCAGGCAGAGAUCCAGCAGCUGAAGAGGAAGCUGCACCAAGCCGAGCAGGAUAAGCAACGCUGGCGCAUGGACAAGGCGCAGCUGGAGCAGACCCUGCAGGAGAACAAGGAGCGCAUGGAGAAGCUGGAGGGAUACUGGAUGGAGGCGCAAAGCUUGUGCCAGGCAGUGGACGAGCACCUGAAGGAGACGCAGGCGCAGUAUCAGGCACUGGAGCGCAAGUACAGCAAGGCCAAGCGGCUCAUCAAGGAAUACCAGCAAAAGGAAAUUGAAUACCUGAAGAAGGAGACGCAGCGAUGCGCACAAGUCGGAGCCGAGGCAUCGCUCCUCAAAGAGGAGUCGGGUCAGCUGCAGGAACAGGUGGCUGACCUAGAGUGCCGCGUGGAAGAGCUGAAAUCGGAACCUUUAUAAGAAGCCUUUGGGAAUGAGCAAGGAGAGCACAACAAGGAGCAGCAGGGUAUCUUUCGUCUCUCUAUGCUGAACACAUCUUUCACACCUGGAGAGUAUUUAAUCCCUGAAUCUGGUAUUUUUGUGACAUGUCACGCUGUCGCCCCCCGACCCCUCCCCCUCAAUUGCCAAACAAAAACAACUUCCUUUUUCUAGUUUGGUGACUUUUUCCAGCGUGUACAGACGUGACUACUGUAUGGGUGUGGGUUAACAACAAGAGUUUUUAAUACGUGUCAAAAACAUUUAACACAUGUAAACUCUAAUUAAGAUAGAGGAGGGUUGUUGUAAAUUUGAUGUGAUAUUGACAACUGAGGUGCUUUGCCAGGGGAUCAGAAACCGGACUGAUUGUUACUGUGGCAACCACCUGCUGCCUAAAAGUGUUGUGUGCAUUUUAUUUUAUUAUUCUUCUUUUUACACUCGUAAGACUCAUGAAUACUCCGUUCAUUCAUGACUACUAACCGGAGAUGCCAGUGCCAGCAGAGGACAUUUAACAGUCUGGAACCAGCAGCUGCAACACAACGAGGAGAAGAAAGAAAACACACGCACACAUACAGACACACACCGAAUUGAACGGCGCACGCAUGUGUCGCGCAGCCACCACCAUCUUUGUAGAGCUCAGCUUCUAUUUUAACUUCGUAUUUAUAACAGACAUGUGAGCGAAAAUGGUGUGUUAUGUAAAAACGAAACAAAAAAAAAAAGUAAUAUAU